AUGAGUCACAGAGGAUUUAGUUUUGAUAAGUUGAAAAGCAAGGUUACAGGAAGAAGAUCAUCUGAAUCUUCUAUCUUUGAGUUAGGAAAGUCGAAGUCGGGGGAGAGGCGGAAUAGUGUAUCUAAUCCUAUGAUCAUAAUAGAGGAAUCGGCGCAUGAAAAAGGCCGAACGGGAGGUGUUGGUGUUAGGAAUGGAAGGCACGGAUCGCAAUCUAUGUCGGUGAUGAGUGGAAUACCGACAGAUCGGGCCAGAUCAAUAUCAACUGGGCGAAAUGUGAGUAAGAAACAGGCAAAGGAAUUAAUUAAGCAGGAAACGGCGCUGGUAAUCCUGAAAAAGUUGCUACAUGUAUUGCUGGACUUAGGGUUACAACAGCCUAUACCCUUGAAUACGACAAAUAAUUCACUGAGUGGACCCGUAUCAAAAUCAGCCAAAGUUUAUGUGGCAAACACGCAUGAUUGCUUAUAUCUUUCACCUGCUUCGUCUGCCAGUUUCACAUAUGAGGAUGUAGAAAACGGAGGUAUACCACAAGAUCAUAUUGAUAGCGAGGUUUUAGAUUUCAGUGCCGCUGAUAUAAAUCAUGAAGGUGACCCUGAAGAUGAAGCUCCGGUUACCAGAAAUACCCUGAUUUCAUUAGAUUCACAUGGCGACGAACCACCUAUCGAAGGAAUGGAACCUCCUGAAAGGUUGCGCAAGAAAAUGGAAUCCUUCAAUUCUCCAAACUACUUAUGUACCAAAAUCGAUUCAGAAUCACCAAUACCUCAUACAUUUGCGGUGAUUAUCGAAUUAAAAAAAGAAACAACAAUUAAGGAUGUUAAUUUUGAAUUUCAAUCGGUAACUAAUAUAUUAUGGCCUACCUGCGACCCAUACAAUAAGAGCUUUGUUAAAGAAAAAUUCAAGAUUGGAUAUAUGGAAUGGCUGGCAAAGAUGUCUGAUGCAUUUUUCUAUAUAAAUACAUCAAAUUCAAACGACGUUAAGACAAAGGAAGUCACACCAGAAAAAUUGGCAGAUAUUACCAGAAAUUACAAAUUAAUAAGCGUUAGAGAUUUGGCUGAUGGAACUGAUAUGUACAACAAUAAAAAUAUUAGCAGGAAAUCUAGUGUUCAAUUUGACCGUGACGAACUAGAUGAUAAUCAACAUGCGCAAAGUACUUCAAGUUCUAAUGGUGAUGUUUAUAAAGAAGGUAUUUAUGUGUUUCUAUUACCUAUCUUGUUGCCUGGACACAUCCCACCUAGCAUAACCACUUUAAACGGAUCAUUGGCUCAUAUUUUAAAUGUGAAUAUAAAUAAGGUCAGCGCUAAGUUGAAUCGUAAGGUGAAGGUGACAGCUUUGUAUAAUUUGCCUAUGGUACGGACUCCACCAUUACAUGCUAACUCGAUUGCCGAUAAACCCAUUUAUGUGGAUAGGGUAUGGAAUGACUCAUUACAUUAUAUCAUUACUUUUCCCAAGAAGUAUGUUUCUUUAGGUUCAGAGCAUUCUAUCAAUGUUAAGUUGAUUCCGUUAGUGAAAGAUGUUGUCAUCAAAAGAAUAAAGUUUAAUAUUUCGGAAAGGAUAACAUAUGUCUCUAAGAGUUUAUCUAAAGAAUAUGAUUAUGAUGGAGAUGACCCAUUUCAUGUUAAUGCUGCCAAUAAUGACAAAAUAAGAGAAAGGCUUAUAUCAGUCUGCGAAUUAAAAACCAAGAAUAAGUCUUCAAAUUCGAACUCAGAGCCUUACAAAGAAGAGUUUAUAAAGUGUCCUGAUAAUAACUUGUUGUUCUCGUGCUAUGAACAGCAAUUGUCUGACGAGGAUAUUGAAAACUUGAAUCUAGAUGAUCCUUUGAGUAAGCCACCCAGUAGUGAAACAAGAGACUUGUUAAUUGCGUCGCCUUUAGCUGUUAAUGUUGCAUUACCAUUUUUGACUACUAGGGGUGAUAAAACGAUAUUGACUUCAAGUCUUAACGAUGAUACGUAUUGUUGUGAUAAUGCUUCUAAUCCAACUUCUAGAAAGGCGUCCAUUGCAGUUAACGAUCCUUCCUCGCCACCAUUUACCACACCAUCAUCCCCAAUUAUAGGUACCCUUGAAACUAAUUUAACCCAUAAUAACGAUUUUAAUCAUAACCAAAAUGAAGCCCUGAACGAUAUCAUAACACCGAAUGCAUCUGCCUUCAUGUCAGAGGAAUCUCAUAAUUAUUUGAAAGAAAAUAUUCAACAAGGUUACACUACAGUUUCGAAAGCAUUGUAUCCGGAUUCAAACUUCCGUCACAUCCAAAUUCAUCAUAGACUCCAGGUUUGUUUCAGAAUAUCAAAACCCGAUCCGAAGGAUAACUUCAAGAUGCAUCAUUAUGAAGUAGUUGUUGAUACACCUUUGGUAUUACUAAGUGCGAAAUGUAAUGACGACUCCAUCCAGUUACCGAAAUAUGACGAGAUUGACUUACCAAGGGGACAUGAACAAAAAACUGGAGAAAGUACGAAACCUUCAAUUCCAUUUAGAACACCAAAUUAUGAAAAUAAUGGUGUUUCUAUUAAACCUUUAAAUGACGACACUGAACUAUUACCUUCGUUUGAAGAGGCAAUUUCAACACCUACAUCCCCUAUCACUCGAUCUAUUUCUUUAGGAGAAGAUCAGAUUAGUCGUAUACCAUCAAUUAUUCCUGAUGAACCAGCUCCAGCGUAUGAAAGAGAAAUGAGCGCAUCAUAUGAACCUCAUAAUGUCUUUAAUAUUGAUUCGAUUGUUGAUGGUGCAAAUUCUCCAAGUACAAAUUUACGGAGAUCUGCGAUUAGAUCUUCAUUAGUUAAUUCAUUUGCACCAUCAAAUAGUAAUAAUGAUCUGGGAAAUAAUGAUCUGGGUAGUGAUGUUCUUUCUACGGCUAAACUGGAAACAGAAUCUAACAAGGGAGAAACACUUGCAAUGCCAGGCACAGCAGGGUCAGAUGAUAAUAUUUCUACUACACCCACAUCCUCCUCUAAUGGUACAAAUUUUUCUGGGUCAUCUGGGAUAUCUGCACCAUCAGAAGAUUCUAUGAUGUAUGCAAACGAAAUGGAUAACCAGACUGUUCCUGACACAUCUGGAACAGAGACUAGUCAAACAGAUUCUUCAAAUCCGUAUAAGGAAAGUCAAAUUGAAAAUGAAUCUAGAGAGAGUAAUGCAAGUUAUUGUGGUUCUCUCCCUCUCGAUGCACCACCUAGACUCAAUAUGAACCAAUCAACUGGUAUUCCGCCUAUUAGUCCACAUUACGAUAAACUUAAUAACGUGGGGAUAUCAAAUGACCAAGUUUCCGUCUUGACAAACUUUAAUUUUGAUCAGAGAUUGCCUUUAUUAGAGAAUUUGAGUGUUGAUGAUGUAAACUCUAAUGCUCAAAGUUCUACGAAACAUUCCGAUGAAGUUGAGAAUCAUACAACAGGUUACCAUGACAAACAAAAACGCUCAACUGAGAACUUGGCAAUGAUAAUGGAAAUGAACAAAGCUCAGGACAUUUAUCGAGCUGUAUGA